CAAAGCAAGGCUGUGCGCGCAGGCGAGGAAACGCCUUCCCUGCUCCUCUCUCUCUCUCUCCUCGGCUUGCAGGGUCGGAUCCUGCGCCUGCGGAUCGCGCUUCCAAAACCCCCAGCCCAGCCCCCCCUCCCCCCCAUGCUGGGUCUUUAUGCACUGCGAGGAAUCCGCUGCGCGAAUAUUUCUGCAUGCCCAGAAAACAUGGCCGAGGCUCAGGCUGGCUCUGGGAAGGUGACUCUUUUCAGCCAGAAAAAACGAGGGGGUCUCACCUACCGCAUCCCGGCACUGCUGUACCUGCCCUCCGAGUCCACCUUCCUGGCGUUUGCAGAAGAGCGCUCAUCCCCCCGAGACGAAGAUGCUAAGUUCUUGGUGAUGAGGCGAGGGCGGAAGGAAGGAACGUCUGUUCAGUGGGGCCCUCAGGAACCCCUGGAGACAGCCGUGCUGCCCAACCACCGCACCAUGAACCCCUGCCCCGUGUUCGAGAGGAAGAGCGGCGCCCUUUUCCUCUUCUUCAUCUGUGUGGAGAAGUACAUUACCGAACGGCACCAGAUCAGCACGGGGAGGAACGCCGCCAGGCUCUGCUACGUCUCCAGCCCAGACGGCGGCCGCACCUGGAGCCAGGCGACCGACCUGACCGAGGCGGUCAUUGGCGGAGAGCUGACCAACUGGGCCACGUUUGCCGUCGGCCCAGGCCACGGUGUCCAGCUGAGCUCCGGGCGGCUGGUGAUCCCGGCGUACGCUUACUACAUCCACAAGCGCUUGUUUGGGCACCCUCUGGAGUGCUGGAUCAAACCGCACUGCUUCACUUUCUACAGCGACGACGGCGGGCAGAGCUGGUUGCGCAGCCCGCUCCUCGAGGCCUUGCUGACCUCCGAGUGCCAAGUGGCCGAGCUGUCGCGCUCCGACAAGAGCCGGGUCCUGUACUGCAACGCCCGCAGCCUCCACAACUACCGGGUCGGGGCGCUGUGCACCGACAACGGCCACCAGUUUGUCAGCCCCUCCCUGUGCGAGGAGUUGUGCGAGUCUCCGCACGGUUGCCAGGGCAGCGUGGUGAGCUUCUCCCCGCAGCUGGAGCCGUUGGAUCUGGGCCGGAAGAAAGACGGGGCCAAGUCGUCGCCGAGUCUCGAUCCCUCCUCGGCCCCCCUCAAGAGCGCCCAGUCGUGGCUGAUCUUCUCCCACCCCACGAAAAGGCACAAGCGCGUCGAUCUGGGCAUCUACCUCAACACCUCUCCAUUGGAGAAGGGGUGCUGGAAAGCCCCGUGGGUGCUGAACAAAGGGCCCAGCGGGUAUUCGGACCUGGCCGUGUGUGAGGAGGGCGAGUCGGUGAUGUUUGGGUGCCUGUUUGAGUGUGGGGUGUCCUGCGAGUGCGAGGAGAUCGCCUUCCAACUGUUCACGGCUGUCGAGCUCCUGAGGAAUAUGAGGGAGAGCUGCUGUGGUUCUUCUCCUCCCUCGGAAGCAUAGGUGCUCAAGGACAUUUAGCACCCCAGGACAGAAAAUGGGGGUGCCCUUGCUUACCUCUUCCGCCAGGCUCUGCUAUGUCUCCGCCUUAGUAUUAUACGUUGCAGGCUUUGGGAAACGACCGUUGUUUUUGGGUGACGGUAAACAGGCCCUCGCUUCUGCCUCCUUGAAAGCAGCCAAACGAAAAAGAAUUAUGUCCUGCAUUUUCUGCGCAAAACUAUUGAUAAAUUGAAAGGGGCAGUCUACAAUUCAAGGUUGCUGUGAUUUCUUUCAUUCAUUUUUACCUCGGGACUCUUUUUUUUCACCAUAGCUGACGGCUGCCUCCUGUUGGUCACAAGAUACCGUGUUUCUCAUAUUUUAAGGCAUCCCUAAAAAAUAAGGCAUGGCAGGAUUUUCGAGACCUGGCGAAAUAUAAGGCAUACCCCGAAAAUAAGACAUGCUGGUACGGUAUGGCAGGGCACGCCGCGCCAAGUCCUGACCCAGCGGGACUCGGCAAGGGCAGAAGCGCGCGCUUUGCGGAGCCCCGACUGACGGUAUACACGUAAAAAUGGUUUCUUCACUGCUGGGGCGAAGCGCGGCUGGGAAAGCCGUCCGCUUCAGCCUCGGCCCACUUGAAGGGUAGGGCAAAGCGCGCGCUUUG